GUCCACCAAAAUUAUCAUGACGACGUUGAAAGCGCUUCUUAACGUCACGAAGCAGUACGGCACGGAAGCAUACGAGAGCCAGAUCCCUCGGGCACUCGAUUGGUUCCCUAUCUACAGUGAGAACGCGCUGAGUGCCAAAGUGCUGCAGGGUGGAGCCUACCUGAAAUCCCAAACCGUCCUCCCGAUGUACUCCGAUGUCGGCGAAGCCCUAUCACC